AAGGAAUAUGGGAGGCAGAAGUUAAUCUUACCUUGAGAAUCUCUCUCCUUUACGCAGAGGAGUGAGCCGUGCUGGCCGCACCUUGCCUUUCAGUGGGAGGGCAGGGAGCACUGACUCACAGCGCCUUGCGGGCCAAGCUGCGAGAAAGGAAUUUGGUCUACUCUGCUGGGAAGAUUUUGAGAAAACUCAUCUUUCACCCGGCAUCGAGAACCUGAAAGGAGUUUCUCUUUCCAGUUCUGCUCAGCCUGUGGAGUACGGACUUGUCUUCCCGAUGCACGGCCCCAGCUGGCUGGGUGCUGUGCUCUUCCUUGGGGUGCAGCUCCCAGCACUCUGGCCUGCGGCAGCCGUGGAAGUUCACACUUCCAGGGAGGUGGAUGCUGUGAACGGCACUAACCUGCGGUUAAAAUGCACCUUUUCCAGCAGCAGCCCUGUUAGCCAGCACUUGUCAGUGACCUGGAACUUCCAGCCUGAGGACCAGAGCUCUCACGAGCCGGUAUUUUAUUACUUCAAGGAGCCCUACAAGCUGCCUGCUGGGCGGUUUAAAGAGCGAGUCACCUGGGAUGGGAACAUUGAGCGUCAUGAUGUUUCCAUCGUUCUCUGGAAUCUGCAGCCCACUGACAAUGGGACGUUCACCUGCCAGGUGAAGAACCCACCCGACGUUGGUGGCACAAUUGGUGAAGUGCGGCUCAGAGUUGUGCAGAAAGUGCAUUUCUCAGAAAUCCAUUUCCUGGCAGUGGCUAUUGGAUCUGCUUGUGUUCUGAUGAUCAUUGUGGUCAUAGUUGUAAUUAUCUGUCGACACCAUCGGAAGAAAGCGCAAGAGAAGAGGAUCGAGGUGACAGACACUGAACUUAGAGAAAAGGAGAAGCUGAAGAAUACAGAAGAAAAGGAAGCUUGUCCAUUAGAAGACUAGAGGUCUUUGGAAUAUAUAAUGUACUUCUAAAGCAGACGGUGAAAGCUUGUAGUUUUGGAUGUUAGAACAAAGCUGAAUUACAGAUGUCUCGCGGUGCGAGUGGUUUCCCUGCUCAACCUGAAAUUCUGGCAAGAGGCUGCCAUUAACAUCAGUUGUAAAUUUCCUUCAUUGAAACAAACCAGGAGGAACUUGCCUCCUAAACAAGGAACUUUCCUUCAUCUUUGCAGCUGCAGAAUGUGAAGAAGGCUGCUCUGAAGAUGAAAAAAGUGCCAACAAAAGAUUUGAACAAAAUGCCAAGACUGCUGACUGAACAGAGAUUUUCAAAGUGUCUGGGCAGGCGCAUUCUUGCACCUUAAAAAUUGCGAGGUGCGUCUGUGUUGCCCUGGUUUUCCCUCCCUGAAAAUCCUCUUUGAUGACACUAAAAGGAAGACUGACUAUGGAGGGAUCACAGGAGCAGCUGGCUGCUGCAACAUACUUUAAAUCUCUUUGCUGCUUUAAAUUGGAAGUGCUACAGUAUGGGUAAUGUGUGCUGUUUCUUACUGGGGAUGAUGUUUUCCAGUGGGUGUGUGUUUCAUAUCGACCUCUUGCAGCUUCAGUAGGCCUGGUAACGGUGGUAGCGAGGACACUGCCUUCUGCUGCCCUUUGGCAGCUCCUUUUCCCACUCCAUCUCUGCCGGUGCAUCCCAACGGUGACCUCCUUUCCCCUCGGCUCUCCAGCUGAGGGGAGAUUUAGGAAUUUGUCAUUCUGAGGCUGGUGAGAGCCUGGCCCAGGUUGCCCAGAGAAGCUGUGGCUGCCCCAUCCCUGGAGGGGCUCAAGGCCAGAUUGGAGGGGGCUCUGGCCAAAUCUGGAGGUGUCCCUGCCCAGGGCAGGGGGUGGCACGAGAUGGUCUUUCAUGUCCCUUCCAACCCAAACCAUUCUAUGAUUCUAUUGUAUCAUUCUAUGACAACAUCAACCUGUUUGUUUAAAGAGUAUCUUUAUGACUUUAUAUCUCUGCCUGUAAUGUGCUGGCCACAUUGUCUGUUUAUAUGUUUUCAUUUUCUAUCAUGAGUGCCAUAAAUAAACGCGCCUGGUGGA